AUGGACGAGGGCGCGAACGGGACGACCGCUGCGACGACGGCGACGGGCAAAGCGCUGCCAAAGCCGAAGAUCCCGGCGCCGAGACCGCUCGGCGGGAGCGGUGGGAACGCGAACGCGGUGAAUGGGAACGUACAUGGAAGCGCGGUGAGCGCCGGGGGUAUUCCGGCGCCGAAAGUGGUGCCGACGCCGAAGGAGUCCGGCGGGAAGAGCGCGCAAAAGGCGAAGAACGGAGGGACGAGGGAAGCGAAAGAUGGAGUCGAUGGAGGACACGGCGGCGUCGAUGGGUCGCGCGCGAUGGCGCGCGACGGUGCGGGCGUGGCGAUGAAGACGAUCCCGGCGCCGAAGACGGUGGGGAUGGAGGGCGGGAACGCAGUCAAGGCGACACCCGCGCCCAAGGUGAGUUUCACCGCGGGUACGCCGACGAGCGCCACGGCCAUGCCCGCGGUCGAGAACUUACAGAUCUCCGGAGGUAAACCCCCGCUAUCUCCCGUGAAGCCGGUGGGCGUUUACGUGCCGCCGGGUCAGAGAGCAAAGGAUGGUCAACAAAAGCGAAACAAGCAAAAGGAAAACUUCGUCAAUCCGAGGGACGACCCAGAUUACAGACGCGACUCGGCGUCACCGGCUUCGGAGAAUCGGAACGGUAAAACGAGGAUCGCUAACCUGUCAUCCGGCGGAAAAGCGACGAGCGUGACUAUAGGAAGUCAAGACGCGUCCGCGGAGAAGGUGGCGGCGACGCCGGGCGCCAAGACGACAAAGGAAAUCAAAAAGGCGCUGGAUGCGAAUGACAUUCACACUGCGAUGGAUCUGUUCCAUUCACGUUCCGAAGCUGGUCUCAUCGACACCGAGGCCACGCGUUCGUUGCUUCAUUACUGCAUCAAGACGCCUGGGGCGUUGCUGGACGCCUUUCCCAUCGUCGCCUACGCCAAGCAGAAAAAGUUCAAGAUUACGCUAAAGCAGUUCACGCAAAUCUUGAUGGCUUUCCCGCAGCGCGCGAACCCGAUUGACGCCAUGGAGGUCUUAAACGCGAUGGAGCCGAUGAUCAACUAUGAAUCAAAGUCAGUGGCCAAAUAUCACUUCCACUUCGCUCGUUUGAUCAUUCAAGAGUUUUUGGAGGAAGCCCUUCAGACGCUCGAUCGCAUCGCCAAUGCGCCGGCGUUUGGCUUACAAGAGAGUGGCUUGGCGGCGAUGGACAUCAUCAUCGAGCCGUUGCGAGGGAAGAAUGGUCAGCUUGUAUUGACCAUUCCGCCUCUUGGCGCAGAGUUGCAGAGAGCGUUGCUCAAGGGCGACACUCUUCUUCUUUCGAGAACGGGCGCAACUGAUCGCUCUUUGACGCUUGGUGAGCUUCCAACGGGCUCGAGAGGGUUCGACGACGGCGCAACACGCUCGAGAAGUGGUGGUUACCACGCUGAAACUGAGUUCGAAGCAGAAAUCGUGACUAGCGCGAACAGAGUAACCGUCAAGCUCGUAGGCGUUAACGCCGACACGGCGGCGACCGUUCGCGGCGGUGGUUGGCGCAUCGAUAAACUGGCGAACCGAACAUCGUUCCAUCGUCAGCUCAAGGCUAUGGAAGACAUGAUGGAGGUGAAGCAAAGCACGGGCCAAAAGGCGAGCGUCGACGUCAAUAUUCGUGAUACCCUCAUCGCGGGUUGGGAUGGCAAUAAGGCCAACCACAAAGCGAUUCCGGACAUGUGCGAAGCGAAUCUCGCGGAACACAUGCACAUCGCGACGCGUCAGAAGAUGAUCGACCAAGCGAAGGACAUUCCCGCCAUGCAGCACAUGAACCAGUCUCAGAUUGACGCUCUCAUGGCGGCGUUGUUCAACCGCAUCACCCUCAUCCAAGGUCCGCCCGGUACGGGUAAGACGCACACGGCUGUCGCGCUAGUGCAAAUGUGGCUUCGAUGCGGUACGUCACCGAUCUUGUGCACGUCUGAUUCGAAUAUUGCCGUGGAUAACUUGGUCGACGGGUUGGCAAGAGCCGGUGUUCGAGUCGCGCGCAUCGGUCGUCCCGAGGCCGUGCGUCAAGAUCUCAUGCCGUACAUGAUUGAAAGUAUCGCUGGCAUCGAUCAGGACUGUCGAUGGAGCAAGAGCGAUCAGUUCCAGGCGAUCAACAACGCCUUGCGCAAAGCUGAGGUGAUUUGUGCCACGUGCGCGGGCGCUGGCAGCGACAUUCUCGAGCGCUUCUCAUUCCAAGCGUGCUUAAUUGAUGAAGCUACGCAGGCCACCGAGCCCGCGACCAUUAUCCCGCUCACAAAGGGAUGCAAACAAGUGGUACUGAUCGGCGAUCAGAACCAGCUCCCGCCGACCAUCAUCAGCCGUGAGGCCGAAGCCGCGGGUCUCGGUGAGAGCCUUUUCGAACGUCUCAUUCGAUCCGGCAUUCGCACGUACAUGUUGAAGGUGCAGUAUCGUAUGCACCCGGCGAUCGCGUUAUUUCCCUCGCAAACGUUCUACAAGGGUGAGCUGUUAUCGGGUACACCGCCGAGUCAGCGUCGUGCGCCAGUCGGUUUUGACUGGCCCGUUCCCGCAGUCCCCUUGGCGUUUGUCAACGUAGAGGAGGGCGCUGAGCGCUCGGACGGAUCUUCGCAAACGAACCAAGCUGAAAUCCAGCGCGUGGUGAACAUCGUGAAGAAACUCGCCGGGGGCCACGAGGUAUUACCGGGUGAUAUUGGUGUCGUAACGCCGUACAGCGCUCAGGCUCGCGCUAUUAAGAAGAUUCUUCGCGGCAACGCUCCAGAGCGCACGCGCUUCGAUGCACCUGCUGAUCCAACGUCAAUGAAGGCGGUUGAAGUCGCAACUGUCGACGGUUUCCAGGGUCGCGAAAAGGAAGUUAUCAUUUUCUCGUGUACGCGUGCGAAUAUGAACGGAAACGUCGGUUUCUUGGCGGACACGCGCCGUGUCAACGUCAUGCUCACGCGAGCAAAGCGUGGUUUGAUCAUCGUUGGACACAUGAAAACGUUGCAACAAGACGAAAUCGUGUGGAAGGGAUGGUUGAAGUGGGCGCGAGAAAGCGGUUUGUGCUGUGGUUUAUCCGCUACCGAUUCUGAGGCGGCUAAUAGAUUGGCCACCAUCGGUAUGAGCUCGGCUCAUGAAAUUGGUGGAACGGGCAUCGGACAAGUGUACGUUCAGAACGCUCUCGGCGCGCCGGUAUCCUGGGCUAAGCAACCUGAUACGACGCCCAUGCAACCAAUGCUUGCCGAACGCGAGGUCAUCCCAGAUGCUUGGGAUGACAGCGACGACGAGGGUGGUACGGCCAUGGCGACGAUGACGAGCGUGUCCAGCCUCACCGGGAUCGCCGACGGUGCUUGGGACGCAUCCGACGACGAGCUGUGA